GUUUCCUCUCUCUCUCUUAUCCGUAGAAAAACAUGGUCCGAUAGCAGAGCAAAGUGCUAGCACCCAUCUUCAACUCCCUCGCCAAUGGCGUCUCUUCUCUCUCUUCCUUCGACUUCCUUAACAACGAGGCUCGCCGUCGCCUCCAAUCAUCCUCCUUCCUCAUUCAAGGGCGACUCAAGCAACUUGAGAGCGAGACCGUGCUUGUUCCCUCCUCUGAAGCUUCAGCUGAAGAGCAAACUAUUGCAAAAGCAUCCGCUCGUCGUCAGCAGCAAGGCUUCUUCGUCGCCGGCGGCCGAACCGUCGUCCUCCCCCGUCCGAUUCAGGCUGGAUAACCUGGGACCCCAGCCUGGAUCGAGGAAGAAGGCCAAGAGAAAGGGAAGGGGAAUAUCGGCGGGUCAAGGAGCGAGCUGUGGGUUCGGGAUGAGGGGUCAGAAGUCCCGGUCUGGACCGGGCGUCAUGAAGGGCUUUGAGGGUGGACAAAUGCCGCUCUACAGGCGUAUCCCUAAAUUGCGUGGCAUUGCGGGAGGCAUGCAUGCGGGAUUACCUAAGUAUGUUCCUGUCAACCUAAAGCACAUCAAAGCAGCCGGAUUUCAAGAAGGGGAUGAGGUGUCUCUAGAGACUUUAAAGAGUAAGGGUCUGAUUAACCCAUCUGGAAGAGAAAGGAAACUCCCUUUGAAGUUUCAGAUUUUAGGAGAUGGGGAACUGAGUGUCAAGUUAAAUGUAAAGGCCCGUGCCUUUUCAGCAGCAGCGAAAGAGAAGCUCGAGGCUGCUGGCUGUUCCCUCACUGUCCUGCCUGGCCGAAAGAAGUGGGUUAAGCCUUCUGUUGCCAAGAACUUGGCACGUGCCGAAGAGUACUUUGCCAAGAAAAGGGCUGCAUCUGCUGCACCGGAACCUUCUUCGUGAGCCAUUUCAAACUUUCGAGGUGUUCAUUUUUUGGCCCCCCUCUCCUCUAUGUCUAGUUUCCCUUCGGGCUCUUAUGUUUAAGUUGCAUCUCUUACAGCAUUCCUGAUUCAUUCCCAUUAGCUUAGUUCAGCACUGGAAAGGUGCUAAUUAAGGUUAGUGUCCUGUAGAUUGUUUGACGAUUCUUUCCAUAGCGGAAGACGUAUGCUGAAACUCCCAGCUUCUUUCCUCU